AACGCGAUUGCGGCAUCACCACAAAGUUAAUAAUUUAAACAACGCAGCUUUUAAAUCGCCCAAUAUGAUGGAGAUUGAAGAGGAAGAUAUCCUACGCAAUAUCGCGAAUGGCGGACAGAUCGACUACUCUGUCUGGCCGGCUCUACUACCACGAAUAAUCUCACGAAUAGAAAGAGUCGCGCGUCAUGAAUUCACAAUACCUAUGCUGCCACCUCCGGCAGCCACUAUCAUACCAUCAUCCAUACCACCACCACAGACGCAAUCCGACUCGGAACCGGCAGAGAACUUCCUAUCGCCUCUCCCAUCAUCGCCCCUAGAACCAACCAGCUCCAGCUCCUCCCAAGACAACAAAGAAAAUACCCCCAUAGCCCCACGCAUCCAACCCCGUCCCUCAACCGCCCCAGCCCAAACCACGGCACCAGCAGCAGUAGCCCUCCCACCCGGCACGCUCCCACAACAAAUCCUCUCCAUGCUCGCCGAGAUAACCUCGACCCUACAAUCCACAUUCCCGAAAUACCCACCGCACACGUUGCAGCGGCUAUCCGAGCUCGUCAUCGCACCGCGGCACCACUACCGGUCGUUGCCGACGUACCUGCACGCCCUCGACCGCGUCGUCCACGUGACGUCCGGGUUAAACAUCUACCCUCUCCCUCCCGCCAUCCCAGACAUGAAAAGCGGCUCGCUCCUCUCCAACGGACUCACCGACGCGCUCGCCGCGCCGUCUCCCUGGGCCACCCCAGGUAGCGACGAGGCUCUGGGCGGAGCCCUGCUCACCCCGAUUCCCUGGCUACAGCCGAACCACCACGGCAUCGGGGGUCCUUCGUCCGCGCUCAGCACGCCCGGACAGCGGAGCCCGAACCCGUCCGCAGGCGGUAGUCAAGGCAGUAACGCAGGGGCUAGUGGACCUGUAGGCGGAAUGGGAGGGAAUGACUUAGAAGGGGAAGUGCGAACCGAGAGCACGGAGACGAUCGACGGGCCGAACGGGGUGGGAUCGAUCGAGACCGUCAGCGUCAGCGUCAACGGCAUCCCGUCUAUGGGCGCGCGCGGCAUCGGCGUCACGCAGGGCGAGUUGUUGAGGCAGGAGCAGCGCGCUGGCGUUGUGCCCGUUAGUCAGCUGGUCCCUAGUCACCAUGUGCAUAGCGCCAACCCGCAUGCUCAGGUCCACAGACGCGCGUCUGCUUCGCCGACGAGUGAGGCGCCGCAGGGACAGGUGCAGGAGGAGAGGAAGUCGGUUUCUCCGCCUACGGCUGCUGAGGUCGAUGCUGCUGCUGCUGCUUCUCCGACUUCUGCUGGUGGCGGGAAUGGGGGCGGUAAUACUGCUGCUGGAGCGGGGGUUGGCGCGACGGUGCAACCGAACCCUACUCCCGUCGACGCUGACGCCCCCGUGGGUUCCAUCGCCGGGUCCGAGGAAGAAAAACCGCAUGCCCGCGGACCAGAGGAGAUCGGCCCGGAGGACAUGGGACCGCAGCACGGUAGCAGCAGCACUUCGUCGACGGUCGGCGGCGUUGAGAUGCAGGGAAUCGACAUCGAGGCCGCGGUCGGUCGUAAGCGCGGCGCUAGCAAGAGUCCCCCGACGAAGCCGGACGAGGAUAAAAUGGAUGUCGAAGUCUCGCAGGCACAAACAGGGGAGGCGAGCGCGAGGAAGAGCAGAAGUAGGAGCACGACGCCUAAACGGGAGGCAGAGGAUGAACUUGACGGUGGGGGUGGGGUGAAGAGGGUUAAGGAAGAGGAGGGAAAGGGGAAGGGUGAGGGUACGGCGAUGGAUACGUCUGCUGACGACAACAAGAAGGACACAGCGGAGAGGGGGGAGGGCGAGGCUGAGAAGGGAGGGGGUUAGGAGAAGUCUUCCGGUCGAUUCCAGGUCUCUAUAUGC